AUGCGGUUAGCAUUUCUGGGCCUUCUUAUGGUCGUAGCCCUCGUGGACAGCCAAGAUACUUGCCAGUCAGCUGAUGAAGAACCGUAUCUCCUAUUUGGAACAAAAACCGCAUACACCUUCGCAAGUUUGGGAAUACCACUGAAUAAGGCAUACGAUGUACCUGGAUGUCAACCCAUAGCCAUAUGGUUGAUGUACCGCCAUGGAUCACACAACCCUGAAGCAGACGAAAUAGCCAAUCUUCAGAAACUAACCGAUUUUAAAAAUAACAUUCUAAACAAUUAUAGAAAUUUCAACUUCCGUGACACUAAUCUCCGUAUGUGUCCGGCGGAUGUGAACCUCUUAGAGCGUUGGCAGUGGAACCCUCGCCAGAACAUCACGUUUGCAGGAGAUCUAACAAGCGAUGGAUAUAUGUCUACUCAGCAACUAGCUCAAGCGUGGAAACAGAAGUUCCCUGGACUUUUAACUGAUAAUGUUCACGACUACAUGUUCAAAUACGCAAACGAUCAACGCUCCAAAACAACGUUCCGCGCCUUCACAGAGGGUUUAUUCCGCGCGCAGGAAGACCCCGUCGGCAUAUCGAAGGAGAGUGAUGAGAAAUUACUUCAACCUUACAAGUUCUGUUCGUCGUGGAUAAACAAUGUAUUGGAGAACAACGAAACACUCACUCAGCUACGAAUCUUUGAAUCUAAACUAGAAUACAAAGAGAUGAUAACCAACAUUUCCAAACGUCUCGGCUUUAAUUACGACAUACAGACGGAGAUGGUGCACUACAUGUACGACAUGUGCCGGUACAACAAAGCGUGGGAUGUCACGCAAAUAUCGCCCUGGUGUGCUGUAUUUUCCAAAGAAGAUUUAAAACGUCUGGAGUAUGCUGAGGACUUAGAGAUGUAUUACAAGUACGGCUACGGGACGCCGAUGAACCAACAAAUCGCCUGCACCGCGGUCAAGGAGAUGAUGGACUUCUUCAAAAUACACGAGGGACACAUGACGCCGCAGCAGCCGCGCGCGCUGGUGCACGCGGCGCCGGCGCCGGCGCUGCUGCUGGCGCUGGCGGCGCUGCGCGCGCGCCGCGACCGCGCCACGCUCACCGCCGACAACUACCACUCCGCCGCCGUGCAGGCGCGCGCCUGGACCACCUCCACCAUCACACCCUUCAAUGCCAACUUGGCUGCUGUUUUGUACAAAUGCAAACCCGACAACAACUUCCGAAUCGACGAUCCAUACCAGGUCCUGUUUUUGGAGAACGAACGUCCUUUAAAUCUAGACGAAUGCAAAGUCGGACUUUGCAACUACACUUUUGUUAAAAAUCGAUACGGCUUAAUUGCAGAUAAUUGUAAUUUGGAUUUCUGUAACUCCGCAAAUAAAAUUAGUGGCAUUGGUUUUACUUUACUUUUGCUUUUUAUUUUUAAAUUGUUU